AGCCUUUUCGGCUCAAGGAUCAAGAGGGAUUCGGGAUAUCGAGCCUUCUGUUUGCUACAGUCUCGCAGCAUUGAUGAUGUCUGCCAGCUCGAAUGGUGACAUGCUGGUCCCCUUGAACCUCGAGGGAGGGCUUGAGAGCGCGAUGCCCGAAGUGUCAUCACCAAUGCUAGGACGUAAGAACACCCGUCUCGCAGGUGCUCCAGUAGGCGAAGUACUCACGCAGAACCCGUGGGAGAAGAUGAAAUUCGCGCGCACCGGACAAGGACAUCACUCUCCCCUGCUUGGAGAAGGAGCUGGGCGUGAAGAUGUUCAUUCGGCCUACGUCCGCAUGACCGAGAACGAGGACGAUGAGAUAGACGAGGAUGACGAGGAGGAGCUUAUCUCAGCUCAGGAGCUGGUUACGAUGGCUGUCAUGACGACCCUCCUUCAGCAGCAACUCGCGCCAGUCACUUCGGCCGUUGCUGGACUCCGUAACGAGUGCGCUGAGAUGAAAGAGGCGCUGAGGGCACGCUUGGCCCACGUGGAGGAGCGCUUCAACCUGAACGACGUCAGGGUGAACAAGCUGGAACGCUUGUGCACGUUCCUGGAGCAGACUGCGCUUCCGGCUUUGGACUCCAUGGAGGCUAACAUCCGCGCAUGCAUCCACGAAUACAUGACGAACCAGGGAAGGCAGGGGGGGAAAACAUCAUCAAACCUCAUUCGGAUGCCUUCGGGAAGCGUGCUGUGACCAUAGUGCUUGGAAAUCUGGACGCUUUGGGCCAGUUAGGAAAAGCUACGGAAUGGUUACAGGAUAACUUUUUGUUCUAGGUGGGACGGUUCCCGCAAAGACAUAUUGCAAAUGAGAGUUUAAAAGGCAUGUUAUUUCCAGAGUUCCGGAGCCCGACCCUGCGAGAUCACGCAGUAGAUCUAUCGCGACGUGCUGGCCUGAAGAGUGGGGACAAGAAGGUUUGGGCGAACCAUGACCGCUCGUCAGCAGACUGCGCGGCCUUCAACUUCUGCCUGGGUUUCAAACGGAUCUUCAAAGAGGGGUGGGGUGUUCCGUACAAUAUCUCCUUCAACGGGGAGUCGCCCUAUGUUGUGAAGGUUGGGGGGGGCACGCCCUUGCAGUCGAGAUGGAGGGCCACAGCGUGCGCUACGACUGGCAAGCGGGCUGGGCGACGUGGGACGACCUCCACAGCGGUGCCCAGAUCAAGGAGCUCUUGGCGAAAUCGAACGACCUCGUGGCCCGGUGAAUGGCAGCUCCGCCUCGGGCCACAGCCAGAGACCCGGAAGCGGCCCCGCUGGCCGUGGCGACACCCCGCGGGCCGCCCCGGCGGCCGCGCGCGGCCCUGGCGGCAGUGGGCGGGCCUCGGCAGCCGCGGUGCUCGACAA